GAUGAUACCCGAUCAAACACUUGCAACAAAACUGGUUAAAGGAAAAAAAAAGAUUAAAGACAAAAUAACCGUUCUCCUUUAUAUGAAUACAACUGGCACAGAUAAACUCAAACUAUUAGUUAUUGGAAAAUCAACAAAUCCAUAUUGUUUCAAAGGUAUUCGGAGAGAAAAUCUUGAUGUCAAAUAUGAUUCUAGUAAAAAAGCAUGGAUGACAGAGGCCAUUUUUGAACGUUGGAUAAAAUCUCUAAAUAAUGCUUGCAGACUAAAUCGAAAAAAAAUUCUCUUAUUAGUUGAUGGUGCCACAUCUCAUUCCAAUUGUGAACUUACUAAUGUCAAACUUCAUUUUUUACCGCCCAAUACAACACCUUACUUACAACCAUAUGCUAUUAAUUGUGGACAAGAAAUACCUAAAAUUAAUCUCUUAAGUACAAUCAG